AAUAGAUCAAGACAAAAAGAAAAAAACAAACAAACGGGCAUGUUUUCAGUUUUUGCAUCUAUUUGUACUUCGUGACGCACGAACAUUAGAACAUUUCAGAAGAUGAGUAAUUCAAGUAUUUACUUCAAGAAACUAAAUGCAAAAGUUGGGGAACCUCCAAGAAAAAGAAAAUGUAAAUUACUUCCUCAUCUGCCACCAGUUGCCUUACCUUCGUUUCCACCUAUCAAAACCCGAUUGGGAGAUGAGUUUUUCAAUCAAGAAAGCUCUCUCCUGGCAAAUGCCUUACUAGGUAAAGUCCUAGUGAGGCAGAUUAACAAUGGGGAGCAUAUCUGUGGCAGAAUAGUAGAAACUGAAGCAUACCUGGGCAUGGUGGAUAAAGCUGCUCAUUCAAGUUGUAAACGUUCGGUGCGUACCGAGCCGAUGUUUAUGAAACCUGGGACUGUAUACGUCUUUUCUAUCUAUGGAAUGUAUCACUGUUUCAACAUCUCGAGCGGAGGAGAGGGAAAAGCCGUUCUAAUACGUGCCAUAGAACCCCUUUCUGGAUUUGAACGAAUGCAACAAAUCCGUUCCGAGUCUCAAAAAAAGUCGUGCCAUGGUCUACCGACACACCAGUUAUGCAACGGGCCUUCUAAAUUGUGUCUUUCGUUCGGUAUCACAAAAGAAUUUAAUAAGGUGGACCUAGCGGAUCCCUCGUCUAGAAUCUGGAUAGAAGAUUGGAGUCCUCAGCCGGAAUUUGUAACCGUAACAUCGACUAGAAUUGGUUUAAGUAAAAAAGCUGCUGAGUGGAUUGAUGCUCCAUUAAGGUUUUACGUGAGUGAUUCUAAGAGCGUCAGCGUCCUUGAUAAAUCAAAGAAAACAUAAAAAUCAUAAGUAAAAAUUGUUUAAGUCAACUUGUUUCUCGAAGUGUGUGUUAUACCAGA